UCCAGUCUGCCUGGCAGAAACAUCAGUAUCACUAGGGUCUAAGAGCAUGCAACACCCUCCUUCCUUAUCGUGAGCUAGUUGAUUGUUCUGUUUUCUUUUUGUUUGGUUUUUUUUUUUCCUCAUCAGAGGUGGACUGGAUGAAAAGAGCCAUCUCAACUGAACAGUCUGCCUGUUAAUUUCUCAUUGAUAAGCUAUAGAUAAGCUACACCUUUGCUGCUAACAGAGUAGAUCCGCUUAGAGCAACAACUGUAGUAAAUCAGAAUCCUCUACCAGAGAAUUACCCAGCUGGUGCUAUGUCAAACUUUGUAGCUCCAGAAAUUAAGAAAUUUGUCGUUUGGGACUAUGUUGUUUUUGCAGGACUGUUUUUAGUAUGCGCUAGCAUCGGAGUCUUUUUUGCAAUUAAGGAGAGAAAAAAGAAAACUUCAAAGGAGUUUUUGGUGGGUGGUAAGCAGAUGUCAUGCGGACCAAUAGCCUUCUCCCUCACAUCCAGCUUCAUGUCAGCAGUGACAGUUCUGGGGACACCCUCCGAAGUAUAUCGUUAUGGAGCAUCCUUUGUUCUUUUCUUUCUUUCAUACACAUUUGUCAUCAUUUUAACUUCCGAGCUUUUUCUACCUGUAUUUUACAGAUCCGACAUUACAAGCACUUACGAGUAUUUGGAGUUAAGAUUUAACAAGACUGUCCGUCUUGCUGCAACGCUGAUCUACAUCCUGCAGACGAUUCUUUACACAGGAAUAGUGGUUUAUGCUCCAUCACUGGCUCUCAACCAAGUCACUGGAUUCGAUCUCUGGGGCUCUGUAGUUGCAACAGGAGUUGUCUGCACUUUCUAUUGCACUACGGGAGGAUUAAAAGCUGUUGUCUGGGCAGAUGCAUUUCAAAUGGUGAUCAUGGUGGUUGGCUUCGUGACUGUUUUGAUUCGAGGAACUAUUCUGAAUGGUGGGUCAACCAGGAUCUGGGAGGAAGCCUAUGAAGGACAGCGACUAAACAUAUUUGACUUUGAUGUAGACCCUUUAAGACGACAUACCUUCUGGACAAUUGUUGUUGGGGGAACAUUCACAUGGCUAGGACUCUAUGGAGUUAAUCAGUCCACGAUACAGAGAUGCAUUUCUUGCAAAUCAGAGAAGCACGCAAAGAUGGCACUUUACCUGAAUUUACUGGGACUUUGGAUAGUUCUGGUGUGUGCAGUAUUUUCUGGUUUGGUGAUGUACACACAUUACAAGAAUUGUGAUCCUUGGACUGCUGAUUUCAUUUCAGCUCCUGAUCAGCUCAUGCCAUAUUUUGUUAUGGACAUCUUUUCUUCAAUGCCAGGAGUCCCGGGACUAUUCGUCGCCUGUGCAUUCAGUGGAACAUUAAGCACGGUGGCAGCUAGUAUCAAUGCUUUGGCAACUGUUACCUUUGAAGACUUGGUCAAGAAAUGUUUCCCAAACCUGUCUGAGAAGACCAGCACCUGGACCAGCAAAGGCUUGUGUAUAUUAUACGGCAUUUUGUGCACGUCCAUGGCAGGAGCAGCAUCACUGAUGGGAGGAGUUGUGCAGGCUGCCCUCUCCAUUCACGGAAUGUGUGGAGGACCCAUGUUGGGAUUAUUUACUCUGGGAAUAAUCUUUCCUUGUGUUAAUUGGAAGGGUGCAGUCGGAGGCUUCCUCACUGGGAUCACCCUGGCUUUCUGGGUUGGCAUCGGCUCUUUCAUCUAUCCUGCACAGCCUGUAAAGACCAUUCCCCUGGAGCUGUCAACUCUCAACUGCACACUGGCAAACAGCACAGCCCUGCCAACCACAGCAGCUCCCAUCACAGCUGCUGACAGGCCUUUGCUGGCAGACACCUGGUACUCCCUGUCCUAUCUCUACUUCAGUACCAUUGGAUGCCUGGGCUGCAUCAUCUCAGGGCUGCUCAUCAGCUUUGUAACAGGGCCUACCAAAGGAGAGACCAUCCGCCCAGUGCUAAUUAAACCAGUCUGCAACUUCUUUUGCUUCUGGUCAGAAAGACUCAAGACGUUGCUGUGGUGUGGUGUGCGGCACAAUAGCUACGACGAAGAUUUUGAAAAAAAUCUACCUGCAGUUAUCGCAGAUACAACUGCAACAGAUGACACCUUCAAGAACAAUGUCAACAAAGAAAACAGAAGCCAGUUGCCUGGUUACAAUCCUGAGGAAAAAUCCUAUACAAAUAUGAGCAAAGAAUCUCGUCUCUAGAAGCAUUUAUCACAUUUACCACCUUGACCAAGAAAGAACUGCUUUCAAUAGCAAUAAAGGCCAGAUUUUUAUUUAUGAAUUUCAUGACAGAACUUGGAAAUUGUAAUACAGUGUUCUUUUUGGAAGCUCUGCUAUUUCAGAAGAUCAUGGAUCUUGUCAUGGAAACUGCUAGCAAAUAGCUGCAGUACACCUAUACUACAUUCUCUAUUCAGUAACUAGUCACUGAAGGGUAACGAGCAAAGGUGAACUUGAGAUAAAAUAAGACUUCAGAUAAGCUUCUGGGGUCUCUCACUAAGGUGAGACUGUGAACUGCCCUCUGAUGGAGGUCAUGCUCUCUCUCCACUGCAAAUGGAGGGAGGCCAGGGCAGAGGAGGAGGUCUGUGCCUAUUCUUAGGCAUCACAAAAAGCCUCAGCACAGAAAUGCUGUAUGACCAGACUGGUCUUCUAUUGACUGAGUUUGUUGUGCUUGCUUCCUCUGUGGAACUAAGAUGUUUUUAUAAAGACUUAUUCCAAGCAAUAGGAGAGGGUAAUAAAUUUUACUACAAAUUCAGGAUAGUUCUUUAUCCAUAUUAGUCUUUGAAAGACAUCAUUUUAGCUUGAAAAGAUUAUCUUCAGCCUUUUUGUUCGGUUGAAUAUUUGUAUAUGUGUUUUUUUGUUUUUUUCUAGCUGCAAAAUCCAUUUGCUAGCUGUAAGCAAUAAAUAAAGUGUCCUUUUAUAGUGCCUCCUAAUUGAGAAUCCAUAAGAAUUUUGAAUAAAGCACUUCAUGAGGUGAAAUAAUUUACCUGCUGGAAUGUUUUGGGAUAAUGUACCUAAUUGUGCUUAAGGGCUCUGUUUCAUUGAAAUGCAUUUCCCACUAUGUGCCUGUUAGUCCGACUCGGCAGAUUGCCUCUUUCCCUGAUAAACUCCUGGGUGUACUUUUUAGGUGAACAAUAAUUCAAUGAAACAGACUGAUAGAUUGAAUAUAUCAGAAGACUUGGAUUUAUGGAACUAAACAGCACUUUGUCCCAGAUCUUACUUCUGCUAAUCAGUGACUGUCUUUAUGACGUAAAUUUAAGUCAAAGUGGACCUCCAAGUUACUUCCACCACCUGUGUUCAUGCCUAACCUCUGGGAACAUUCUGAUUACUCAAUUAGAAGACAAAAUAACAGGCUGUAAGUGACGUGGUCUUGCCUGUGGGAGACACUUUGUCAACAAACUGAGAGUUAAGUCAAUAUUUGUGUUAAUCCCUUUUACACCGCUUUUAUAAUCUCAUAAAAGCUUACAGCUAAAUCUAGCUGGCAGCCUGUUGUCUCACGUGAGACAUUUCUUGUUUGUGCAUCCAACCUUGUUAUGGUUAGCAAGGCAGAAACGGUAACUUAAACACAAGCAUUUGUAUCUCAUUUUGUCUUUCAAUGUAACCUAUUAACAAUUCAGGAGUAAAAGUGGGCCAAAACACCAGAAUCAAACAGGCUGUCCAGUUUGUAUUUUUCUAUAUUUCUUCACACCCUUAGGAACAGUUUAGUAGUAUAUUUGCUAUAGACUUACUAUCUUCUAAAGUAUAUUUCUGCACCAGGCUUAUUUCAACUACGGCUGUCUGCUGAGCCCAUGUGUAGUUUGUGUCAGAUGUUCCAAAGGGUUUUACCAAGCCCAACACAAGGCCUUACAUAAGAUGGCUAAAACUGUUAAUCAUUAGUUCAUUAAUCAGUAUUCUACCAAGACUUAUGGAUGAAUUGGAAAAAAUUACUGUUCUGAUUAAAUAUUCAGUAUUGAUUAAA